AUUAGAACAACGUAAACAUUGAGUUCACGUGCUGAUUUCUAUUAUUAUUAAAAACAUAUUAAAUUAAAUUCAAUAUAAAUACUACGAGCUCAGAUGUGCAGCAUAGGUGAAGAUGAUUUUGGUGAUGAAGGAGGACUACAUGCCAUACCAAUACCCGAAUCUGAUAUCGCAGCAAUUGACGUGAGCUCCCAAACGAUAUGCUGGAAAUGUGGACAAACGAACUCUGUUUAUAAAUUAAAAAACAGGCAGGCCGAGUGCGAGCAAUGCUUUCUAGCUUAUGUACGACACAAGUUUCGUGCGACGCUUGGUGUUUCCAAAGUGAUACUACGUAACGCAACUGUUUUGCUUAUAUUUGAUGGUAGCGCGGAGAGUUUGGUGCUACUGGAUAUGCUGCAGCAUGCGCUGACACUUAAUAUGCACAAACGUUUGCAUUGCAAUGUGAUAGUGUUGCACAUUGAUGACUAUCAGCUGCAACAUACAAAGCCAAAUAGUCAAUUAGAACAUAUUGAAUAUUUGUUGGCCAUCAAGAAUAUAUUGGCGAGGUACUCCUUUUUUAAAUGUCAUUUGGUACCCAUAAACUACAAGGAACCACUCGAAAUGUUUUCAUUUGAAAACAUAAAUGCCUUUGUUAACAACAUUACAGAACAUGAAAGUGAAUUGUUGAAACGAAUCCAAGCUAUAAAUACUUUAACCAAGCGUCAAGACUAUUUGAAACGGCGCCGUAACCACGUUAUUGCAAAAGUGGCUUCGCAUUUAAAAUGUAAGUAUGCUUUUGUGCCGGAAUACAGCAAGGAACUUGCUGCUGAACUGCUAACAGCUGUAGCACUGGGGCGUGGUGGUAGUGUAGCUCUUGAUGUUGCUUUGAUAGAUGAUCGACUUAUCGAAGGUGUUAAAUUGGUGCGACCUUUAAAAGAACUUAAUGCAGAGGAAGUUGAACUGUAUAUAAAAGCCCAGAAACUAGAACCAUUGCCAAUAUCACGUUAUGGAAAGGCAGAAGGCUGUAGAGCUAGUUUACCCAAUUUGAUAGAGGCAUUCGUACAUAAAUUACAAAGCAACUAUCCAUCAACCAUAUCGACAAUUUCACGAGUUGGGGAAAAAUUAGCACCAAAUCGUGAUAAAAGUUUUGAGAAGAAAUUAAAUGAUUUACAUUUAAACAAUGUAAAUAGUAGCCGCGAUUAUACUCAAGUGAAUACGUGCAGAUUUUGCAAUUCACCGCUCGACACCGCAAAUUCAACAAUAUUGCUAAUGACGGAAUACUCACGUCUGGUGUCUAAAACAGGCACGAUUGUUAGCGAGAUUAAUGACUUUGGCAUUAAAGCUCAAGAAGAAGCGAUUGCAGAUGAGAAUGAACUCUUACGACAACUUUGUUUUGCAUGUCGAAAGAUACAAAAUAGCUGUUCCAGUGAUGAGCUACUACUAAAUACGUAAGAAUCAAUACUUAUGCAUGGACGUAACCAAGAGGGGACAUAAGUGUCCAAAGUAAUAUUUUUUAAUGAAAAAAGAGCCCAUUGGGUAACGACUUCGUAAACGUCGUUGACGAUAUCGAAGCUAAGUGUGUGCUUUUAAAAAGGGAUUUUAAAAUUACAAAAAUUGUUUCGGACUCCCGUCCAUGUCUCUCUUCCUGGCUACAACAAUGAACUUAUAACGGAAGCACUAACGGAUAUUAGGAAAUAAAAUAUAGAACACUUAUAAAAGACUAAAUAAACUACAAUUUAUUUCAUUUAAAUGAUAAUGUUAUAUAUUAGUUUGUUUA